UCAAGUGUUAUAACAUUUCUUCUCAACAUUUUGCUUGCUUUCUAUUUGACUUACUAACACUACACCAUGUCUGAAAUUGGAGUCAGCAAUCUCACUUGGGGUCAAGUUAUAAUACUGGAUCAAGUGCUAGAGGAAGUAAUUCCAAUUCAUGGAAGGGGGAAUUUCCCCACACUGGAGGUAAAACCAAAGUGUAUUAUUCAUGUUGUGAAAGAUCAACUGAUAGAGCAAAGAAUUAUUGUUAUAGAUACCUGACUGAAUGGUUCCACUGUAAGUUACAUACUUGCAAGCCACAAUGGAAUCAGCUAUAAGGACCUGGACGUUAUUUUUCUUGUUGAACUAUCAAAUAAUAAAGAAUUCCAGGUUGUUAAGGAUGCAGUUCUAGGUUGUCUACUUGACUUUUUACCACAAGGUGUAAAGAAGGAACAGAUCACCCUAAAGACUAUGAAAGAGGCUGACAUGCAGAAGAUGGUCCAAGUUUGCAAUAAGCACGAUCGUUGGAGUCUCGUCUCUCUUUCAAAUGACACUGGGAAGAAUGUAGAGCUGAAGUUUGUGAAUUCGCUCAGACGACAGUGUGAGUUCAGUGUAGAUUCCUUUCAAAUUCUUUUGGAUUCCAUGUUAGACAUCUACAGUGACAAAAAUGCUAAGCUCUCCCAAGAAUCUUAUCCUGUUGUGGAAGUUGAAAGCAUGUAUGGCGCGUUCCAAGAAGCAAUAACGCAUUUGCAAUGCAAGCUUAUACCUACCAGAAAACCUGAAGAGAUUAGAGGCGGUGGCCUUCUGAAGUACAGCAACUUGUUGGUUCACGACUUCAAGCCAGCUUGUGAAGCGGAAAUCACAUCCCUGGAACAUUGCAUGUGUUCUAGAUUUUUCAUUGAUUUUCCUGAUAUAGUAGGACAGCAAAAGAAGAUUGAAUCGUACCUCCACAGCCAUUUCACAGGUGAAGAAAAGAGCAAGUAUGACUACCUUAAGACCUUGCGUAGAGUUAUAAGUGAAAGCACCGUUUGCCUCGUGGCUAAUAAACGAAUGCAGACAAUCAAUAUGAUCACCGUAAUGGCUUUGAAAGUACUAGGAGAACAGAAUAUUCUACCCAACACAGACAAUGUGGCUUGCUUUUAUCACCCUGCUCCAUAA